AUGCCGCCACUCAAAAGCUGGCUCAAGAUCGAUCCGAAGAGCCAUUUCUCCAUCCACAACAUCCCAUUUGGUAUCAUCUCGACUACCAAUGCCGCACAGCCUCGUCCUGCUGUGGCAAUCGGAAGUUAUGCGUUGGAUCUGCAUGCCUUCGCCCAUGGCAAUGGCUUCUCCAAGCUGUCUAUUGUCCAACCUCAUCAAGCAGUCUUCUCCCAACCAACUCUGAAUGCUUUCGCGGCUCUCGGACGUCCAGUUCACCGAGUGGUUCGCGAAUACUUGCAAAGUGUGUUUCUGGAAAAUGGCCCCUUCCCGGACGUGCUCCAGCAAGAUGACCAGCUACAGAAAGCAGCAUUGGUACCGCUAGAGCAAUGCAAGCUGCAUCUCCCCAUGCAAAUUGGCGACUACACAGAUUUCUAUGCCGGCCUAAACCAUGCAUACAACGUGGGAGUCCUCUUUCGUGGACCUCAGAAUGCUCUUCAGCCCAACUACAAACAUCUUCCAGUCGGCUACCACGGCCGCGCAAGUUCUGUCGUGGUCUCGAACACUCCAAUUCGAAGACCAACCGGACAGAUCCUGGCAAGUCCAGCCGCCGAGAAGAAGGAACCUAUUCUGAGCCCCUGCAAGAAGCUUGAUAUCGAGCUCGAGCUAGGGUGCUUCGUGUGCAAACAUUCAGCCCUUGGCGAGCCGGUCAAUAUCCAUGACGCCCCAGAGCAUCUGUUUGGGGUUGUUCUCAUGAACGAUUGGUCUGCUCGCGACAUUCAAGCCUGGGAGUAUGUGCCACUUGGACCGUUCAACAGCAAGAAUUUCGGCACCACGAUCUCACCAUGGGUUGUCCUGAUCGAUGCCCUUGAGCCGUUCGCGACUACCGGACUUGAAAACGACACCGUACUGCUACCUUACCUCAACGAGAAGGAUCGCAAGUCACACUACGCGAUUGACCUUACAUUCUCGCUGACUAUACCAUCGGCAACUGAGCUGCUCUUCUCAUUCCCCCAGAUGCUUGCGCAUCACACCAUCGGAGGGUGUCCAUUCAACGUGGGGGAUCUUUUGGGGUCCGGAACUAUCAGUGGCAAGACCAAAGCCGAAAAGGGGGCCUUGCUGGAGCAGACGGAGAACGGCAAGACGGAAAUUGAGCUUGAAGGUGGAGAGAAGCGCAAGUUCCUUGAGGAUGGCGACAUUGUCACACUGUCAGGCGUGUGCGGAAAGGAAGACGGUGCUCUCGUUGGCUUUGGAAAUUGCGUAGGACGCAUUGAACCCGCGCUCCAGUUGAAGUUCUGA